CACAUAUAACCUGAGCCCAUUGCAUCCGUUGCGCCUCUUCUCGAUUCUGAUUUUUCCUUUCCUUAUUUUUCUUUUCAUUCCCUACUUUACAUUCCGUGCACAUGCGGCCGUUUAUAAGACGCCUAUUUUCUCAGUGGCGCCAUCAACACCAACAGUAUUAUCACUCCUCAAAUCCGUUGUAUCUCGGUCGUGCAACCCGUCGCAACAUGACCUCGUCGACGUCAGCCAUUCUCUACGCUCUCACUGUCUCGGCAACGUCCCCGAAGCCUGCGGUUCCUGAAGACGCUGCUGCCAAGGCGCAUCAUAUCAAUGGCGGAUAUACCAAUCCCUGGGAAUCAUUCGUGAAUAUUACAUCUUGGGAGAUUACAAAGGCUUUGAUCGGUCGACGUCUCACCGGCGAAGCAAAUCACCCCGAUACCACCCCUCCCACCGUCCCUGUACAGAAGCCAACUUUUCUCCCUUCACGAGAGACUGAUUCCUCAUCCGUUCGCGCAACAUGGUUAGGACAUGCUUGUUUCUAUGUGGAAUUUCCAGGUGGUCUUCGAGUCCUCUUUGACCCUGUCUUCGAAGACCGCUGCUCCCCGCUUUCCUGGCUCGGCCCGAAACGAUAUACCGAACCACCCUGUAAAGUCAGCGAGAUUCCCGUGAUAGACGUCGUCGUGAUAUCGCACAACCACUACGAUCAUUUAUCGCUGCCGACCGUCACCGAGAUCGCGGAGCGCCAUCCCAAUUGCCAUUUUUUCGUGCCCCUCGGUAACGAGCAGUGGUUCAAAAACUCUGGUAUCACAAACGUCACGGAGUUGGAUUGGUGGGACCAGCGCGAUAUCACUCUGUCACCUCAGACGCAGCACAUGGAGACGACGAAGUCCGGAGAUGAGACGACACCGAAGAGAGACCCUGGGGAUAUAAUCGGGACAAUUAGUUGUUUGCCAUGUCAGCAUUUCAGUGCGCGAUCACCGUUUGAUCGCUGCAAGACCCUCUGGGCUUCAUGGGGUGUGGAGUCUGGCGGUCGCAAGGUUUAUUUUGCAGGAGACACCGGCUACCGUUCUGUCCCCUUGCUCAAAGGUGUGACUGACGACCACGCCCCCGAAUAUAACUUCCCAAUUUGCCCAGCGUUCAAGCAGGUUGGCGAAUUAAGAGGCCCCUUUGAUCUAGGCCUCAUCCCCAUUGGCGCAUAUAAGCCGCGAUCUAUCAUGAGUCCCAUGCAUGCUGAUCCGCAUGAUGCCGUCAACAUCUUCCAGGAUACCAAGUGCCAGCGUGCCCUCGGUAUGCAUUGGGGCACCUGGGUUCUAACAGAAGAAGACGUCCUUGAGCCUCCAGUCAAGCUAAAAGAGGCCUUGAAGAGGAACGAGUUGCCGGAAAAAGGCACCUUCGAUGUUUGUGAUAUUGGAGAAAGUCGGGAGUUUUGAUUUAUCUUUCCCAUUCUUUUUUCCUUUUCCUCCGCUGAGGUGUUUGGAUGGUGAGGAAUAUAUAGUCCAUAUUCUUUUGUACGUUUUCAAUACGGCUUUCAUCUCGUGUGUAAUGUAUAUUCUACGAUAAUGACAAAUCUCCAUAUUUGUAUUAAGUCAAUUGAUAUAUACCAAUUAAUGAACAGUCACCUGUGCGUUUAUCAGAA